CUACCAAUAUCUACAUAUAGAGGCCACUAGUAGAGCAUUAUUCAAUUACAAUUGACGUCGUCAAUUUAAUCAGCACAGCAUGUCGCCAAUCGCAGAGCCCGAUCUCGUUCAACCUCAAGCGCCGUCGCAAACACCACGGAAAUCCCACCCCCCGCCAACGCAUCCCGACCUCCUCCAUGUAAUUCGCAGCGACAAGCCCUUUGGUUCCGGCGCAAUCUCCCUCGUCUCACUCCCCGCCGGCGCCGUAUUCGCACGUAUCGAGGAGGACGUCAUCAGCACCGUCCCUGCCCAGCGCUACACAACCGUCCAGCUCAAUCGCACCAGGCACAUUGAACUCAACUCGGAUUUGGUCUACUGCAAUCACUCCUGCGACCCAUCGGUUGUGUUUGACAUGCAGAAAAUGGAGGUGCGCGUGGUGGAUCAUCGGCCGUUGAAGACCGAGGAGCCUGUGACAUUCUUCUACCCCUCUACUGAGUGGAACAUGGACCAGCCGUUCGAUUGUACAUGUGGGAGUGAAAAAUGCAAAGGGAGAAUUACUGGGGCGAACAAUAUGGAAAGGGCGAAGUUGGAGGAAUACUGGCUAAACGAGCAUGUGGUGCAAUUAUUGAGGGAGAGGGAUGGCUAUUGACCAGUUCAUUCAUAGAGUACGCAAAAUUUCAAAACCAGGGAAUGAUGGCUUUUUAGAUAUGUUAGACGUCAAAACGAAGAAAUAAAAUUUGUCGGAAUAUUUCAAUCACGCGAAGAACAUUCCUCCUGUCAACUGGAUAGCGACUUGCGCCACAUUCCAUUAAAAACUAUGCC